GUUCCGAAGGGCCCUUUAGUACGUCGACGAAGUGCGAGCGAGAAAGAUGAGGUUGGUAUUGGUAGGCGCACUGGUAGCAAGCUUGGGUUUGGUUGCCCAUGGCUGGCCCAGCGGUGCCCCCGAGAAUGCCUGUAGUUCCAUGGUUCCCCAGCAUGUCCCCAACCCCACGGCCGACCAGAAUGUAGACUACAGCCUGUCUUCAUCACAAAAUGGCGACGGCACAUACACAGUCACCAUCAAGGCUCAGAACAACGAGAUGUUUAAGGGCUUCAUGGUGAGAGGUUUUGUGGACGGCAAACCAAAUGGAUCUUUCCUAAACGCACCAACAGGACUUACCUGCGAUAAUAUUCCCAACACAGCAGCCACGCACCAAGAUAAUGUUCUGAAGAACCAAGUCCAGCUGAUUUGGCAGGGAGACGCCAACCCUGUUUUCCGCGCCACCAUUGUGAAGAACAGAAAUUCGUUCUUCAUGAUAUAGGCCUACCAUCACUCCACAUCACUUCCGCCGGCUAUGUAACUUUUGUCGGCCAUAGAGCUGCCCUAGUCUAUUAUUACAGUCACUCUUGACACAAGAAAUUACACUUUCAGCACGGGCAGAAAAAAAAAAUCAGAAUGAAUGCACGUUUCUUUUGCAUUUAUUUUAGUUUUAUCAAAAUAAUAAUAGUAAUGAAAUAAAAUUGUCCUUCCUA